ACGAGGAGGCCUUCUCUGUCCUGUCAGUGCACACGCAGAGAAAAGAGAGAGAGAGAGAGAGAGAGAGAGAGAGAGAGAGAGAGAGAAAGAGAGAGAGAGAGACGGCCAGGCAAGGACUGAACAAAAUCAGGGCAACAGUCAGUUGACCCCCUUUCUCACCACAGAGGCACCGAUCCCGGGGCGAGUCAACAAGCCAAAGUGGGACCUGACUAUAGCCCAUCCAGGAGUGGGACCCAUCCAAGAAAGCUGGUCAGGAAGGGGACUAUCAAAGGCCUUUUUUUUUCUCAGCGCACCCCCCACCCAACUCCCAAACCUGUUUCCAAUACCUAAACGAAAGGCACCGCCGACGGAACCAUGCAUAAGAAGACCAAGCUUAAGCUCACGCUCUUCAGCCUGGUGGUGGGGAUGCUCUGCAUGUUCACCGCCGUGGUGUCGGACCACUGGGCCGUGCUGAGCCCCAUGGUGGAGCAGGUCAACACCACGUGCGAGGCCGCCCACUUCGGGCUGUGGAGGCUGUGCAAGAAGAACCUUUACAUCACAGACCUGGAGCGAGUGGGUCUGGGAUGCGGGCCCCUCAGUCUACCCGGAGAACACAACUGCACUUAUUUCAGGCACUUCACUCCAGGAGAGGAAUCUGAAAUUCUUGAUGUGAAGACCCAGAGAGAGUACAGCAUCUCAGCAGCUGCCAUCGCCAUCUUCAGCGUGGCCUUCAUGAUCCUGGGUUCCAUCUGUGCUCUUGCAGCCCUGAUCAAGGGCAAGGACUACAUUUACAAGCCAGCGGGGAUGUUUUAUGGAUUUGCAGGUCUCUGUGCCAUCGUGUCCGUGGAGGUGAUGCGUCAGUCGGUGAAGCGGAUGAUUGACAGCGAGGAGACCAUCUGGAUCCAGUACUACUACUCGUGGUCGUUCGCCUGCGCCGUGUCCGGCUGCAUCUUGCUCUUCGUGUGCGGCCUGGGCCUGCUGAUCCUCUCCAUGCCCCAGAUGCCACGGAACCCCUGGGAAACGUGCAUGGACGCCGAGCCCGAGCAGAUGGAGUGACCACGCCGACGGACAGACCACAGCGGGCGGGAGAACCCCACCAUGGGGUGUUCUCUCUUUUUUUAAAAAAAAAACACACCAAGAGAAAAAAAAAGAUCAAACUUCUACAGUGAGACAUACUGGAGUCCCUGGGAGGCUGAAUGGACAGUGUUUGUUUGUCUCGGAUCAUCACAGUAAUAAUCGAAUGUAAAGUGCCCUAUUAGGUUGAACUAUGGUCAAUGUAAUGGUUAGGUACAUCAAUAUACUGUACCUACAUACGACAUACUUUUGUAUUUAUUUGGCAUGUAAUACAUUUGCUAUACCCUCUUGUAUCUUGUAUUCAUGUAAAACUUAUAGUUUCCCCAACUAGUGACUUUUAAAUGGUUAAAACAGCAUCUCACCUACGCUACGUGGAAAAAGUGAAAACUAUUGGAACCCUGAGAGAUUCCAUCACGGCUAUAAAGCCCUGCAGUUGAUGAAAAUGUGUCAUGUAUCCAUCAUGAAAACAUGAGGAUCACAUUUUCACAUGUGAAUAACAUGUGAACUCAUUUUGAUUCCUACUGUAUCUCACCCACAACUGUCUUAUCGUGUAACAACUCCAAAACACACAAACACAAUGAUUUUUUUUAACAGAUCCAUGUAAUCCAUCUUGCAUGAUGCCAGGGCAGACCUGUGGGCACAGAGGAAUGAUUGGGGGUAUAGUGGGUGCCCACUGCACACGUUUGGUCCUGCUCCCUCCGUGGCUCCGCUCUGCUCGGGGAAGCAUGGGCCAGUUGUUCCCGCAGGGACGCUUGGGCAGAAUGCUAAUGCAUGCUCUGUCGAAGCAACUGAAUGCCCCGCCAGAGACCCUGGAGAAGCUUCAGCACAAGCAGGUGCAACAAAACAGCCAGCCAUCAUACAAGGGCUCUCUUGGUAGACAAACACAAAACACUACUCUAGUCAUGAUUCGUUUUUUUUUUUUUUUUGACAUGUACUGCUCUAAAGUCUUUUUUUUUUAAAUAUGUAUAUUCUGUUCCUGUUUUGUUUGUGUGCGUUUUUUCUUUUUUGUCUUGUGUUGGUUUUAGUCAUCUACUCUGAAUAUUUCCUUAACCAAAAUACUUUUUUAAGUGUUUAUAGAUCUAUCCAGAUUUUCUACUUAAAUAAGCUUACUGUGCCCCUGCUGCGACUGGGUCUCAUGUGCCAGAGUCCUUUUCUGCUUGAUGGAACAUUGCCUGCUGGUCCAUGACACAAAGUGCUCCAGCUUCGACCCAGUUGAAGUGGGCUGGGAAAAUCCCACCCGGGCUUGAGAUUUCAUUUGUUAUGAAUGGAGUUUUCUUUUAUUAACAGAAAACAAAAAAGCAGACGCCCAGUUUUGAUACACAAGUAUUGUAGGGGUGCAAAUGUGAUAGAGAGUUCUCCUGUCUGCUAAAAACCACCACUCCGACUUCCGGUUGAGCAUGUGAGUGAACAAGACGCAGAUGGAGAGAGCUCCCUGGUGUUUCUAUCAAAUUUUCAUAUAAAAAUAUUUUCACACAUAGUUACACCUCCGUAUUUUUUAUCUUUGAAGUUUUAGAACAUUUUUCUUUUUUUCUGGAAUGGAGAAGCAACGUCGGAACAGGAUUACUACCACUAUGCCUGCUACUACUAAAAACUCUGACCAUGCUAGCGGGUCUGCUAACGUUAGUGCUAAUGGUGCCUCCCCUGUUAAGUUACCUGUGGAUUUGGACAAUCUUCGUUCUGCUUUAAUGUCCGAUCUAACCUCUGCCAUUACUGAUCAACUUAAACGGGCGAUCGACGCUGCUCUUGCACCUAUUGCUGCUGCGAUUGAGGGAUUUACUGCAAGGAUUGAUUCUCAAGACCGCCCGUAUUGUUGAUUUGGAGCAACACCUCUCCUCUUACAGUGACCGGGUUGUCUCGCUAGAAAGAGCGGUCGAGCAUCUUUCCACGGCUAAUAGGCAGCUAUCAGAUAAAAUGGAAGACCUAGAAUCCCGCUCCCACCGCUGCAAUCUUCGAGUCAUUGGCAUACCUGAGGGGGCAGAAGGAACUGAUCCAAUGACAUACAUGUCCAACUUUUUCGCUGAUGUUCUUGGGGCAGAUGUAUUUCAAUCACCAACACCCAACACACACACACACACACACACACACACACACACACACAGAGGAAUACUCCUGGUGGGUUAGAAAGCCUAUACCCUAAUGUUCAUUUGACAAGACAUCUGUUUGGACACACGCUGAGCUCAAGAUAGGCUUCGGAGCGGACGGUGCUCUGUAGUAGAUGCUUGUUUGUUGCUGUCCCUGUAAUCUGCUAGGGCUUCUUUCUGCAUGCCAUAACAGGCAAAACAGACCGCCGUGUUUGUGCCUCUCAGUAGCUGUGUCUGUGUGUUUGUUUUGGUGUAGCGGUGCCCCAACAUGUAUUUUUAAUGACAAUAAAGACACUGGCAGCAGACGUUCAGAGA